AUGGCGUCCGCGGCCGAGUACGACCUCAUGCCGCAGCUGGUGCUGCGGCUCGACCGCCACCUCAUCUUCCCGCUCGUCGAAUUCGCGGCCAGCCAGCUCGAGGAGGAGGACGGCAGCAGCAAGGACGAGGCCAAGUCGCGCGAGAUCACCAAGGCCAAGUUCGAGCUGCUCAAGAAGACCAACAUGACCGACUACGUCGCCAACCUAUACUGCGAGAUCGAGAACCUAGACACGCCGCCGCCCGAGUACGCCGAGUCACGAAAGAAGGUCCUGGCCAAGCUCGAGCAGUUUGAGGCCGAGACCACGCGGCUGCGCGACCUGCUGGGCGACGAGGACGUGGUCGGCAACCUCCGGAGCGACAAGGUGGCCAACUUGGAGUUUCUGAAGAAGGAGCACGAUGUAAGUCGCACUGGACGACAUGAAGCAAAGAUGUGA